UCAACCAAAACCACCAGCUACCGCUUCUACCUGAGAGAAGAACAACAUUCGGAAGUUUGAGCCUCUUGAAGCAGAGUUACGGCAGUUCGGUCCUCCGGUUCUGGUCCGCCGGCCACAAGAGGGGCGACGAGUGACGUCACAGACUCAGAGUGGACAAAGAACAGGCACGAGCGCGGACAUUGUGUCCCACAGUCUUCAGAAACACACCUGGAUGGAAGGGACUUGUUAACAUCAAAAAGAGAAGUGCUUGCAUCACCGACCAUCAAAGAACAGACAAGGUCAGACAAGAGGACGAGGGACAAUAGAGAUGGGACAUCAGUGCAGCUACUGGUUGAUUAUCACCCUUUCUAUGGAAGGUAUUCUGGCUGGUGAUUGGUCAGUGCAUGUCCCCCUCACCCCCAUAUGUGCUGUGGUUGGUUCUUCAGUGGUCCUCCCUUGUUCCUAUGACUACCCACUGAGCUCUGAUGAAAGCAGAAGGGAUGCACAGGAAGCUGCAGAAGUACAAGAAUACAAAGUUCAGUUUGAGAUGUGGUGCCUCAGCGACAGUCGAUGCAUCACACAGAGGUAUGUUUUCCACAGCGCUGACAUAUUCCCAGAUCCAUCCUAUCAGAACCGGGUGCAGUACCUGGGACAACCAGGAACGAAGAACUGCUCUCUGAGUAUUUCUGACCUACGACCAUCAGACAGCGGGACCUACGUGUUCUACCUCAUCACAAACCAUCCAGAUGAGAAGAUGCCUCCACAGAGCGGCGUUCAGCUCCUUGUGGCAGAAUCAGCCAGCGCAGUCUCGGUGCUGGCAAGUCCGUCCAGAGUCAUCGCUGAGGGUGAAGCCCUACGCCUGGCCUGCUGCAGCCCAGCAGCCACAUCACAGACCAGCUUCAGAUGGUACAAGAGCAGAAAAACCAGUGUAAUUCAUAAUGGGCAGGUGUGGAAAACCAAUGAAGUUACACCGAGUGACUCUGGCAUCUACUACUGUCAGAUACAGACUAGAGAUAAGGUGCAGAACUCAACCAUGCUGGCUGUUGCUGUACAGUACCCUCCUCGUGACACGGUCAUCUACAUGUGGCCUACUGGAGGUCUCACUGUGACUCUGACCUGCAGCAGUGAUGCUAACCCUCCCGUGCACACGUUCACCUGGUACCAGGGCUCAGCUUGUUCCCCGACGGCUGACAGGAGCCGUUAUCAAGGGAAACAAAGCCUGGCUGCAUGGAAAGGAAGAGGCUCAACACAAAGUAGCGCCAACAUCACCGCUGAGGAGAACGGCCAGCUCUGCUGUGUGGCACAAAACAGCCACGGAUCACAGACUUCCAGCGUGACUCUCGGAGGGUCUAGAGCAACAUCGUCUGACUCAUCAGAAAGCAGAGUGGUGCUGAUCGGAGUUACUGUUGGCAUCCUGGUCGUUAUUAUCGCCUUAGUUGUGUUUCUGAUGUUGAGAAAACAGAAGGCAACUAGAAACCGAUCCUACGUCCUCACUGAGAUAACGACCACAGAAACCUAACGAACACAUGCUAUACGGAGAUUUCUCGCGUCUGCUCCACCCUGCAAGACGUAAAAUAUACAGCUCACAUGUAUUUAAGUUAUUUUGACAAUAAAAAGCAUGUUUUCCUCCCUCCUAAGACCUUUGUUUAUUGUGUUACAUAGACCAGACGUGAGUUUGAAUGUCCUCCUCAGCUCAUUACACAUCCAGACCACACAUUUUUAUGCAGUCACUAAACUCAGCAUCAGGAAGUUGAAAAAGAAGAACUUAUUAACUGGCUGAGGUUCUCAAAAUGAUAAGAGAAACACUUUGUGGGGCUCAAUUAGGAGCCGUAACCUUUCUGUUUGUGUGUCUGAAAUGGAAACUGGAGGGAGGAGGGUGAAAGCCAGCAGGACAGUGACUCACUGUUUAUAACAACUGUUUAUAAAAUGAUCUGGGAUGUCUGCUCUAAAGUAAAUAAUAACUGGAAUCAGUUAAAGUGUUGGUUUAUCUGGUGUUUGUGCAAAGUGGAAGUAGAACACAGGCUUUAGUUUUGUUUCAAGAUAUUCAUAUUUAAUGAUUAUUUAUCAUAAUGUAAGUGAAGAUUUACAGAACUACCACAGUAGAAGGAUUUUAUAUCAAAACAAUGAAAAUAAAUAGUUACCGUACAUUAGCUGUUAAUAAAAAAGAAAGGGAUCUCAUUCUAAUAGAAAUACAUUUAUGCUGCAAUUAAAGAAAACAUGAUUAUG